AUGUCCAACUCCAAGAAGAGAGCUGCACCGAGCCAGGACGGCGAGGGCCAGGUGAAGAAGCAGAAGAAGAAGUCGGCGUACCACGUCGACGAGACGCUCUUGAACGCCGAGCUGGGGAUCAACGAGGCCUUUGCCGUCAUGGACAACCAGCUGUUAGCCGACUACACCGCCCAGAAGAUUGCCCGGUUCGGCACGGAUCUGAGCCCUGUGGAGGUUUCCGACCUAUCCAUCUCAGCAAACGCCAUCAAGGAUGCGACGUCAUGGACGGAGCCCAGAGCGCUGGAAAAGCUGCCCGAGUUCCUGGAAAAGUUCGCCGAGAAGCCCGAGAGGCUGGGCACGGCGCCGGAGAAGAAGGGUGCACCUCACACCAUUAUCGUAGCGGGCGCCGGCCUGCGGGCCGCCGACAUCGUACGGGCCGUCAGGAAGUUCCAGUCCAAGAAGAGCACCGUCUCGAAGCUUUUUGCGAAGCACAUGAAGGUCGAGGAACAGGUCAAGUUUCUGCAGAACACGCGGACCGGCAUCGCGGUCGGCACACCGGCGAGACUUAUGGAGUUGGCCGACAACGGGGCAUUAUCACUGGAGAAGCUGCAGCGUAUCGUGGUGGACGCGUCCCACAUUGACCAGAAGAAGCGCGGCAUCAUGGACAUGAAGGACACGAUGUUGCCGCUUGCGAGGUGGCUGACGCGGCAGGAGUUCCGGGAGCGUUACGUGGACGACAAGAAGCAUUUGGACUUGCUUUUCUACUAA